CAUUCAUACCCCACUCGUUUCCACCUGUCAAUCACAAUCUCCCAAAGCACAACACACACUGUCACUCACUGCAUCUCUUCUCCUCCCUUCUUCUCCUCUCACGUCGACUCGGCAAACCCUGGCAGCAACCCCUCCCCCUCCCAGGAUUCAUACGCAACAAACCCAUCACCCUCUUGUCGUUUGACCUACGUCAUUUAGCACACCAGCUCCAGCAUACCUCCCUCUGCUCCUCCCCCCUUUCCUCCUUCAGAGACGUCCAUCAAGUCAACGACGCAUCGACAAGCACACCUACACACUCCAUCUCGUCGACGACUUGCGCAUCACCCACUACACCACUACUACUCAAUCCACAAUACCCACCCCAACUCGGACGGCCACUCCCCGUCAACACCCCUUUGCGCGCCGCCUGACCCCCCGAUAACCUUUAUCCACCACGACGUCCCUCGCUCUCUCAUAACGGGCGACGCCCCGUGAUAGCGUCCCCCUCAACCUCCUUUUCCCUCAUCCUCCCCCUCCUCUCCCUCGCAACGGCGCCAUGUUGACGAUAUUGAAUCGACCGUCAAGGUCGUACAAGAACGUCCAGCAUGACGCCGAGGGUCUGUCAGCCGUCGGAUCGGCACCGUAUGGGGCGUCGUCUUCUUCGUCGGCAUCCCAUGCCGUACCGUCAAAGGCGCAAAAGGCAGAACAGGAGCACCAAUUCAAGACGUUUCGGCCUUCUUAUGCCGAGAUGCACUUUAAGCGUCAGGCUAUGCACGACCCCAACCCGUCGUCAGCGUUCUCGCCACUACCGCCAGCUUUCAACAUUGGCCGAAAGCACAACAAGGAGAAGGCUCUGGCCGGUCAGCGCGCCGAGUUGGAUCACCUCCUCGAACCAGAAUACAAGUCGGUUCGGAACUAUGCUGGCGGCGACGACGAGACCGCUAGCGUCGCUGGCCCAAGCAGACUAUCGUCGGUUCGCACCGCCGGUGGUCUCAGCGCCCUGUCCCGCAGGAGUAAAGACAAGGAAGAGAGCACGAGAGCCACGGGCUCCACAACAAGCUUCCACGGCGGCCAGCAGCCGUCAGGUCCCCCGCGGCGUGGGAUGGGUGGCGUGUACAUCGACUCAACUGGGCGACUACACGACACCGAGUACGAUCCCUUUGCUGGUGUAUCUGAAAUGUCGCGACGGAAAUCACGACGACGAAGCGCUUUCGGACACCAGCGACGGCAUUCGUCGGGCUCGAGCUCGGGCUCCGAGGCAAGUUCCGAUUCUGGCCCUCGGCAACCGCAGCGAGUAAGCUUUGACGGCCGAGAAUCGAUGGAAGACGGAGACCGCGAGCGAGAAGAGAUUCGUCGCAGGCUCGAAGUCGAGCGGAGACGAAUGGACGAGGUAUCGGGCUAUGCUGCUGCGCGCCGCCGCAGCAUGAUGAGCGACCGAGCGAGCGGCUUCAUGAACGGUCGUUCGACGCCCAGCAUUCGCUCGGGGUACGAAGACGCCGUUUCCCUAAGCAGUCACGCUCAUACCAAUGGCGGGCUUGGUCACGCGCCAUCUCGCCUGAGCCAACGCCAUCAAGCACCCAACUCUCCUCUAUCUGAAACUUACGACGAAGAGGACACGAGAGCAUCUGGCAGCUCGUACAAUACGACACGAACAGGCCAGUCGCAGCGUGCAACAAGCAGUAUCGGGGGCACGGACGAGUCGCCCCGGAAACAUACCGAGACCACACCCGAGAGCUCGAGCACCGAACGACACAUGAAGGCCAAACCGUCGAUCUCUAGCAGCUUUGCCGGCGACGACUUUUCUCCGCAAAAACCUCCAGUCGGAGCUCGCACCACGUCGGAGGACACUCUCAAGGCCGAGUCGAGGAAUGUGUCCGAGAUGACGCUCCGGGAGCGCCAGCCCGACCAACAGAGCUCGCCAUUGGUAUCCGAGGCGCUGCCCAGGUAUGAGGAGGCCGAGUCUGUGCCACCAAGACUCCCUGAAAAGCUCAAGUCGACGCCAAUGAAACCGGCACAGAGGGUGGAGCGUGCGCCGAGUGGCGCGACACGCAUCACUGGGUUUGAUGCCGCGCCGCGCAAGGUGUCACAAGCGAUCUCUGUGCAGUCGGUGCAGUCGUCGGUGUUGAAGGUGCCCGAGUCGGUCAAGAGUGGGGCGAGCUCGAGGGGAAGUUCGGAGCGGGAGCACGCCGUGCAUCAGCGCCAGAAGCCAGUGGAGCGCCCUCGCGAGCAGCUGUUCCCCGAGACGCCGGCCCAGAGCAAGAAGCGUGAGGACCGUGAGAGGCGCAACGCACGCGUUGCGCGCCCUACGACGGGGCGUGUUGUGGAGCCGGUCAUGUCUUCGAGCAGCCGCUCGCGCAUCCUGCCCGAGAUCCAGAUCCUCGAGGACGACGACCCGCGCAUCAUCUUCCCUCCCCAUGGCCCGUCGACCCGGAUCCAGCAGCCGCGUAUGGUGUCGCAGACUCCCCAGUCGCCGCAACAGCACUCUGGCAUCCACAGUGGACCUACCAGCCUCAACGGCGGCGAGCGACGCGACAGCUCCACCCGGUCGAUCACAUACAACGACAGCAACAAGGCGACGAGUACGAUCAUCGAGGAGACGGGUGGCGGCUAUGUGCCGUCGCUGUGGGCUGGCGGUGAUCGCCACUUGCGAACCACCGAGGAGGAGAGGGAGCGCUACCGUCCCAAGGAGUGGGGCGGCAAGCACGGUGACCUGGGCGGCAGACCUGAAGGGUGGCAACCCGACCUCAAGGACGGCUUCAAACGCAACGUCAAGGAAAUGUCCACGAAUGCGCGGUUCAGCGUGUUCCGGACCAAGAAGAAGCUUCUCAGGAAUCUGUAACACUAGACCAACCAACCACACACACGGACGCACACAUAUCAUCCGGCACUCUUUUUUCUUCUUUCUCAACCCCCCAACACCGUCACUGUUUGUGCAAGACGACAUGAGCCAAGAGUUCGAGUUUGACCAUUUGCAAACUCGGUAGAGUGUACAAAUAUUGCAACGCAAACACAUGCCUGUACCAGUUGUCGUACCACAACUCAUAGCUUGAUAUACAGCAGAUGCCACUGGCGACUGCCAUUUUGGAC